UUGCCCAGGAUCGCCUCGGGGACCCCGCGGGCUGAUGGCGUCUCUGAACAGCCUGCCGGACCUGGUGCUGGUGGAGAUCUUCUCGCUCCUCCCGGAGCGGGAGCGGGUCCGCAACUCCAGGGUCUGCCGGCGCUGGAAGAGGCUCCUGCGGGACCCCUCGGUGUGGCGACACGCGGACCUGCCCCUCCAGGAGGUGCGCUUCAAGAUCAUCUGGCAUGUCCUGCGCCGCUACAUAAGGUCCAACCUGCAGUCGCUGUCCCUGCAGGGCUACGUGCAGUCGAAAUCCAUGUUGUGCUCCACGUUCCAUAGUAUUCAGCCCGAGUUCUUCCAGGUGCUGAGCAAGAAGUGCUUCCGCCUGCAGCGCCUCAGCAUCCGUUUGGCUGAACUGCUGUCCAUUCCCAUGGCCAGCCUGCCUCGCACCCUGCGCCGGCUGGAGCUGCUCAGCUGUGACAUCUCCCUGGUCUGGAUGGCUUGUAAGGAGGACGAGGGCGCGCUGCCUCACCUGGAGGAGCUGGUGCUGGACCACGUGCCCACCUUCCAUGACCGCCACCUGCUGCGCCUCAGAUGCUUCCCUGCACUGUGCUCUCUCUUCCUCUGUGGCACCUACGGCAUCACCCAGGAAGGGCUGGACAGUGGCCUCCGGGAGCUGAGCCACCUGCAGAGGAUCGAGAUUCUGGGCAGCUACAUCUCCACUGACAGUGCCCUGCAGUCCAUCAGCCGCCACCUUCGGGAUGUGCGCCACAUCCGGGUGACUGUUGGGACCCUCACAGCCACAGGCCUGGAGGCGCUGGAGGGGCUCCCCAAGCUGGCCAGUCUCUGUCUUUUCUCGAAGUGUGGCACUGAUGAGUUGUGCCUGAUCCCAUUUGCAGCCCUCCUCUCCUCCUGCCUCACCUUGCCCCGGCUGAGGGUCCUGGAGCUGCAGGGGCAGGGCUGGGAGGGGCAGGAAGCUGAGUCGAUGCUGAAGGAAGUACAUGGCCAAGGAGAAGGGACCUGUCCUUCUUGGCAUAUAGGCACCUCCCUCACUCUCCACUUUCUCGGUGAUUGGAUUUCAUGUUCCACACUGCCCGUGAUGAUGCCAGGGCUCUUCAAGGUGUUCAGCCAAUAG